UCUCUCCUCUCUCGCAAGGGCAGCGCCUCCACACGCGUGCGGAAAAAAAUCGGAGGCGAAAACCCUCAAACCCUAAUCCCCUCCCCAUGGCGGAGCCCGACGUGACGGCGCCGCCGCCGGAGGUGCUGGCUGUGGCUCCCGAGGAGCAGAAACCCCCGGCCGCCGCCGCCGCCGACGCAUCCGCCGCGCUGGAAGAGGCCGCCGUGCCCGCUGAGGGCGAGGGCGAGCACAAGAGGAAGCUCGAGGAGGUCGAGCCCGCCGCGGAUGCGAACGGCGGCGGCGAGGACGCCAAGCGGCCGCGCGUGGAUGGCGACGGAGAAGGUUUCGUGCAGAGCAACGAGUCCGCCGCGAAGGUAGAAGAGCCAGCGGCUAAAGAGAACAGUGAGCUUGUCCCUACUGAGGGUUCUGCAGAUGCUGAGAACGGCAAGGUUGCUCCUACUGGGGAUUUACAGGUGGGCUCUGGGGAGAAGCCUCAGGAGCCUGCAGCAGAAGCGGCAGUGACUGAAGCCCCACAGCAAGAAGGUAGCAGCGCACCAGGACAGGAGACUUCUCGAAUAAUCGAUGUGCCCAACAACAAGGUCGGAGUCCUAAUAGGAAAGUCUGGGGAAACGAUCAGAAACUUGCAAAUCAACUCAGGUGCAAAGAUCCAAAUCACAAAGGACGCUGAGGCCGAUGCAAAUGCCCCAACUCGUUCUGUUGAACUAGUUGGAACUGUCGAGAGCAUUGACAAGGCUGAGCAGCUAAUUAAGAAUGUUAUAGCUGAGGCUGAUGCUGGUGGCUCACCUGCUCUGAUUGCUAGAGGUUUUGGGUCUGGACAGUCAGGCUCUGAGCAGUUUGAGAUGCUAGUCCCUGAUAAUAAGGUUGGUUUAAUUAUCGGAAAAGGCGGUGAGACAAUUAAAAGUCUCCAAACUAGAUCUGGUGCUCGUAUUCAGUUAAUUCCCCAACAUCCUCCGGAAGGUGUUACUUUGCUAGAAAGAACUGUGCGUGUUACUGGGAAUAAGAAGCAGAUCGAAGCAGCAAAAGAUAUGAUUAAGCAAGCUAUGAAUCAGACGUUUUCAAGACAUGGGGCUCAAUCUGGUGGAUAUGGUCAGCAAAACUACCGCCCUAGUCAUGGUGCAGCUUCUCAGUGGGGCCCACGUUCUCAAACCCAGCCUGGAUAUGGGUAUCCACCAAGAGGGCCUCCACCUCAAAACAUGCCAUACUCCCAACCUUAUGGUGGCUACCCGCAACAGCCACCACCAAGAGGUGGCAUGGGCUGGGACCAGAGGCAGGGCCCUCCGCCACAUGCUUCCCACCAUGGUGGCGGCUACGACUACUAUAAACAGGGAUCUCAAGGGUAUGAAGGCCAGCCACCGAACUACCCUCCUGGUCCUGGAAACUACAACAGUUAUGGGCCAUCACAGGGUCCAAAUUAUGGACAACCUCAGUAUCCUCAGUCUGCACCUCCGCAGAACUAUGGGCAGGGUUAUGGUGAUCCUAGGUACAAUGCUCCCCCACCAAACCAGCAGUACUAUGGUCAGCCUCCAGUGGGUCCACAGCAAGGCUACCCUCCACAGCAAGAUCCCUAUGCUAGGCCUUAUGGUGGACCUGGACAAUGGGCACCCAGAGGUGCACCGGCCGGAGAUGGCAGCUACCAGGCGGCACCACCUACAUCUUAUGGCCCACCAUCUCAGCAGCCUCCUGCGUAUGGUCAAACAUAUGGCCCAACGACUGGACCUGAUGGGUAUUCUCAACAGAGUUACCCACAGCAAGGUGCCCAAGCGCCAGCAACAUAUGGUCAGAGUGCUCCAGUAGGGCCAGGGUAUGCUCAGCAAGGCGCACAGCAAGGUGGCUAUGCACAGUAUCCUGCAUCUCAACCAGCAUAUGGUGAUCAAGCAGCUCAGAACAAUACAAACUACGGCUACCAGGGAGCCCCAGCUGAUCCCAACUAUGCAAAUGCAUACCCACAAUCAGGAUAUGGUUCUACUCCGGCUAGUGGUCAGGCUGGAUAUACUGCUGCACCGGCAGCUGGCCAGCCAGGCUACGGUCAGGCAGGGUACACACAGCCACCUACAAAUCCGCCGACUUAUGAUCAAUCCGCUCAACCAGCAGCUCAGAGUGGCUAUUCUGCACCUCCUGCAAACCCGCAGCCUACUGUUGCAAAAGGGGUGUCACCGCAGCCUGCGGGAUAUGGUGGACAAUGGACCGCGUGAGGUUUGUUCCUCAAAUUUUAUUGACAGCAUGGUCUUGUGGAAGAUGAUCUAGUUGAAGACUGUUUUUGCGCUUAUAAAGUAUGCGCUUUAAAUCCCCUUUGGAUGUUCAUUGAGUAAGCAGUAUACUUUCGAUAUGCCUAGAAGGGAUGUAACCCCUGCCCAUCCAGUUAUACCGCAAUCUCUGUAGUACUUGGUAGUUUGUUAAGGUAACCUAAAAACCUCCUGUUAAUUAGUUUAGAAGUGAACCUUGUUCUGUUAUUCUGCAUCAUGUUGAGUAAUAUCUGGAUGCCUGGUCUAUUUUGUGCUAUGCUUUUUCGCUGGUUUGGUUAUUACAGAGGAGACAAGCUAUUCUUACCUAUUUUACA